ACGACACAUAACCGGAAGUGAGUCAGUUUUUCGAAAGUGAAAGUGUUUGUGUCUCAGCCGCGACUCCAUUUUGUUGCUGCUGGAAAAGUAAAUAAACUUCAACACCAGGCAGAAACGGUGAUAUUAAUGUCACACAACGUGGACUUCUGACUAAAAACAGCAGUAAAACUUCACUUCAGUGGAACCGAAAUCAUCUUCCCUGUAAAGCUGUUGUUUAUCAGGAGUGUAAUUCAUUCCAGAGAUCAGUGACUUGGCUGUGUGUCCAUGAGCUGUCUGUGCAUACACUAAUAUUCAAAAAUGGAGAGCCCUGAUCUGGAUACAGAUAAUGUGACCCUGCCCUCAAAAAAGCGUAAACUCCAGAGAAAGAGAUCAGACUCACCAGAAUCCAGCUAUGUCUCCAUGAAGAGUGAUGUGUCUAUAGAUUUUCCUUGGAACUUUAAAAAUGGAAACUCCUCAUCGCCACACAGUAAACUCCAGAUGAGAUUACACCCCAGCUGUGUCUCCAUGAAGAGUGAUGUGUCUAUGGAUCCUCCUUGGAACUUUAAAAAUGGAAACUCCUCAUCCGUACACAGUAAACUCCAGAGAAAGAGAUCAGACUCACCAGAACCCAGCUGUGUCUCCAUGAAGAGUGACGUGUCUAUGGAUCCUCCUUGGAACUUUAAAAAUGGAAACUCCUCAUCUGUACACAGUAAACUCCAGAGAAAGAGAUCAGACUCACCAGAACCCAGCUGUGUCUCCAUGAAGAGUGACGUGUCUAUGGAUCCUCCUUGGAACUUUAAAAAUGGAAACUCCUCAUCUGUACACAGUAAACUCCAGAGAAAGAGAUCAGACUCACCAGAAUGCAGCUGUGUCUCCAUGAAGAGUGACGUGUCUAUGGAUCCUCCUUGGAACUUUAAAAAUGGAAACUCCUCAUCUGUACACAGUAAACUCCAGAGAAAGAGAUCAGACUCACCAGAAUGCAGCUGUGUCUCCAUGAAGAGUGACGUGUCUAUGGAUCCUCCUUGGAACUUUAAAAAUGGAAACUCCUCAUUUGUACACAGUAAACUCCAGAGAAAGAGAUCAGACUCACCAGAACCCAGCUGUGUCUCCAUGAAGAGUGACGUGUCUAUGGAUCCUCCUUGGAACUUUAAAAAUGGAAACUCCUCAUCUGUACACAGUAAACUCCAGAGAAAGAGAUCAGACUCACCAGAACCCAGCUGUGUCUCCAUGAAGAGUGACGUGUCUAUGGAUCCUCCUUGGAACUUUAAAAAUGGAAACUCCUCAUCUGUACACAGAGUUCUACAGAAGGCAAUAUACAGAAGAAGAAUGAAUAUCAUCACAGAUACAGGACACGAAUCUGCUGCUGUAAAUGAAUUCCAGAAAAAGUUCAAAUUAAAUCUGAUGAAGAAAUUUCAGUGUUUAAAUGGAGUGAUAAUGAACCAGGAAAACCGAACACUCCUGAAUGAGAUCUACACAGAGCUCUACAUCACAGAGGGAGACAGUGGAGACAUCAAUAAAGAACAUGAGGUGAGACAGAUCGAGGCAGCAUCCAGGAGAACAACAACAGAGGAAACACCAAUCAAAUGCAAUGACAUCUUUAAGCCCUUAUCUGAACAAGACAAACCCAUCAGAACUGUGCUGACGAAGGGAGUUGCUGGCAUCGGAAAAACAGUCUCCGUGCAGAAGUUCAUUCUGGACUGGGCUGAAGGGAAAGCAAAUCAGGACCUCCACCUCAUAUUUCCACUUCCUUUCAGAGAGCUGAAUUUGAUGAAGGACCAAAAACUGAGUCUGAUGGAUCUCCUGCAUGUCUGUUUUAAAGAAACAAAAGAAACAGAAAUGUCCGGUCCGGAAAAGGUUCUGUUCAUUUUUGAUGGAUUGGACGAGUGUCGUUUUCCUUUGGAUUUCCAGAACACAGUGAGUGUGUGUGAUGUAAAUGAAUCAGCAUCAGUCCAUGUGCUGCUGAUAAACCUGAUCAAAGGGAAUCUGCUUCCCUCUGCUCUCGUCUGGAUCACUUCCCGACCAGCAGCAGCUGAUCAAAUCUCCUCUGAGUAUGUCCAUCGAGUCACAGAGGUACGAGGGUUCAAUGACCCACAGAAGGAGGAGUACUUCAGGAAGAGAAUCAGUGAUCAGAGCCUGGCCAAUAACACCAUCACACACCUGAAGUCAUUAAGAAGCCUCUACAUCAUGUGCCACAUCCCAGUCUUCUGCUGGAUUUCAGCCACUGUUCUAGAGAGAGUGUUGGGUGAAGCAGAAAGUGGAGAGAUCCCCAAGACUCUGACUCAAAUGUACACACACUUCCUCAUCAUUCAGACAAACAUCAUAAGAGAAAAGUACUCAAAGAAGCAGGAGAGUGAUGAAGAAAUGCUUCUCAAACUGGGACAACUGGCUUUUCAGCAGCUGAUGAAAGGGAACCUGAUCUUCUAUGAGGAAGACCUGAGAGAGUGUGGCAUUGAUGUGACAGAAGCAGCAGUGUACUCAGGUGUGUGUACGCAGAUCUUCAGAGAGGAGUUUGGGCUUCACCAGAGUAAAGUGUAUUGCUUUGUUCAUCUGAGCCUCCAGGAGCAUCUUGCAGCUCUGUAUGUGCACCUGACAUUCAUGAAGGAAAAGAGGAAUGUACUGGAAAUGUUAUCUGACCCAGAGAUGUUCUCUGAAUGGUGGAUUGAACAAAAUACAAUCUCAGAUGUCCACACAAGUGCUGUAGGUCAGGCCUUAAAAACUACAUCUGGACAUCUGGAUCUUUUCCUCCGCUUUCUUCUGGGUCUCUCGCUGGAGUCCAAUCAGAAACUCUUACAUGCUUUAGUAACACAGACAGGAAGUAGCUCCCAGACAGAAAAUAGAAAAACAGUACAGUACAUCAAGAGGAAGAUCAGUAGAGAUGUUUCUACAGAGAAAUCCAUCAAUCUGUUCCACUGUCUGAAUGAACUGGGUGACAAUUCUCUAGUGGAGGAAAUCCAACGCUACCUGAAAUCUGGAAAACAAAGAAAACUCUCUUCUUCACAGUGGUCUGCUCUGGUGUUUGUCUUACUGACUUCAGCACAGGAGCUGGAGGAAUUUGACCUGAGUAAAUAUACCAGUACAGAGCACACAACAGCUUUGGUUCUUCUGAAGGUGAUGCCUGUGAUUGCAGCAUCCAGAAAGGCAGUCAUUCAGCAUGUAACACUUGAAAAGAAAAUCUCUGAAGCUUUGGCCUCUGUACUCGGCUCUGAAUCUGCCAAUCUGAGAGAACUGGAUCUGUCUGAGAGUAAACUAGGAGAUUCAGGAUUGAAGUGUCUCUCUGUGGGACUGGAAAAUCCUCACUGUAAACUGGAGACCCUGAGGUUGUGUAGUUGUGGUGUCUCAGAUGAAGGCUGUGCUGCUCUGACUUCAGCUCUGAGAUCAAACCCCUCACACCUGAGAGUACUGGAUCUGUCUUGGAAUAAUCUAGGAGACUCAGGAGUGAAGAGUCUCUCUGCUGUACUGGGGAAUCCUCAAUGCAAACUGGAGAUACUGAGGUUGCAGUAUUGUGGUCUUUCACAUGAAGGCUGUGCUGCUCUGGCUUCAGCUCUGAGAUCAAACCCCUCACACCUGAGAGAACUGAAUCUGGACUUCAAUGAAAUAGGAGACUCAGGAGUGAAGCUGCUCUCUGCUCUUAAGGACGAUGUUCAUUACAAACUACAGGAACUGAUCUUUAGGGUGUGAUGAACAUCUGUGUGUGUGAUGAUGACUCCAGUGUUCCUGCAUUUCCAAGCUGGGGAAUAGACAACACAUUUAUAAACACAUCACUCUUUUAGUUAUAACACAUUAAACAGACUCACAGAAGUGGGAAGUGUGUAUUCAUCAGACUGCACACAAUUCUACAGUGAGGCUGUACAGGAUCCAGACAUUAGAACUGAACAGCUGGAAUGGAGACUCUGUAUUGACCAUUACACUUCAGUGUGUGUGAUUCUGAAGUUAUUGAGUGCCACAAUCAGACCCUGGAGACACAGCGACCCUCCUGCACAUUCAACACCUUAGUCAUGCUGAAGGUUUUUUUUUUCCCCAAGUCCGGUCCUGUCUUACUUUAUAGAAGUUGAAUAUAUAAAUAUCUAGAUGGUUUGAAUUAUUAUACUUGGUGGUUUUUUCUUGCUCCUACUGUAACACAAUUGAUCUGAUGUUAUGAAUAGGUUAUAGCUUUAUAGCUUAUAUAUUUUAUAUUAACUGUUACGGCAGCACAUCCACAUCCUCGAUUGUACUUCUGUCUGUACUGAGUGCCAUUCUUGUGUCUAUGUUGGUGGUGGGAUGGGUUUCUUUUGUCUCCUCCUCUUUCAGGCUCAGCCCACUGCAACAUCACGUUCCUGCUUCUAGCUUGCCAUUGGAAGAUCUUACGCUCUUACACGCCUUGCUCCUGACUCAUGUUUUAGGAUUGGUUUGACGUACUUUUCCAGAUGCGUAUUUAAACCUUGUCAGUCUACAUCCCUGGACAGAUCAUUGCCUUUGCUUUGUCACAUGUAAAUUUUUCUAGGUAUGCGGAUUUAUGACCCUCUGCCUGUUGUUGACCUUGUUUGUGCUUUGCCUCUUUGGGUCUACUUUGAAAAAAAGAAAAGAGUGAGAAUAAAAAUUCAAAGCAAA